GGCGGGGGGUAUCGGAGACUUUCUCACAGUACGGUCGAGAAACGAUCCCUUCUUUGCGCUGAGGACGGCCUUUGAUUUCGGGUUCUUCAUCGUCAUUGUUGUCAUUGUGCUGAAGAUGGUCUUUGGUGUCAUCGUAGAUACCUUUGGACAGUUGAGAAAGGAAAAUUCUGAACGGGACGAGAGCAAACUCAACACUUGCUACAUCUGCGGGCUGCAUCGCCGGCGCUUUGACGGUGCUUCGGUGACGUUCGAGGAUCACACACAGUACUACCACAACACACUGUCGUAUGUGUACUUCUACGUCUACCUGCGAGUCACCCCGGAUACCGAUUUAACCGGGCCAGAGAAGUACGUGAAGCACAGGCUGCAAACACGUACGAUUGAUUGGGUGCCCAUUCUGCGCACAUGGCAACUGCCACAGGAACAGGAGUCCAAUGCAAAGACCAAGGCUACUUUACGCAGUCAGGUGGUCACGUUGAGG